AUGGGCUCGACAGCAUCCCCUAUCGAGCUAUCCGCCCUGCAAAUCCCCUACACGUCGCCCGGGGAGGGAUAUCCCUUUUCCCUCACCCACCGCGUCUAUGCGGAACGCACUGCACUCCCCGGCUCCCUGCUCAUCUCCGAGGGCACAAUCAUACACCCGCGCGGGAAGGGAUUCCCCUGCACACCGGGCAUGUGGACCGAGACCCAAGCAGCCGCCUGGAAGCCCGUGACGGACGCCGUCCACGCGAAGGGCGGCACGUUCUUCGUGCAGCUGUGGCACGUCGGCCGUGUCUCUGUGCCCAGCGUGCUAGGCGGCAAAAGGCCGUUUAGUUCGACGACUACACAUCUCCCGGGGUCCCAUGUUCUCUUUGGUAACGGCGGCGGUGUCGAGGAAUACGUUGAUUCGCACGCGAUGACAGAGGGGGACAUCGACGAUGUCGUCGGGCAGUUCGCACACGCGGCUCGACUAGCCACUGAACAGGCAGGCUUCGACGGUGUCGAGAUCCAUGGCGCAAACGGGUACCUGCUUGACUGCUUCGUGCACGACAACAUCAACACACGCACUGAUAUCUACGGUGGGAGCUUGGAGAACAGGCUGCGGUUCCCUCUACGGGUUGUUAAUACCGUUAUCUCUGCGAUUGGCGCAACGCGCACGGCGAUCCGGCUCGCACCGUUCCACGUUCUGCAGGAGACGAGGGAUAGUAACCUCUUGGCGACGUUUGGGAGGUUCUGUGAGGAGUUGGAGAAACGGGGUUUGGCGUAUGUGCAUAUUGUCGAGCCGAGGUAUGACCAGGGAAGCACCGAGGGGGCGUUUUCGGGGAGCAUUGAGAGGAAGAAGUCUCAGCUUGGGACUGAGACUGAGACUGAGACUGAGAAGCUGUGCCAGAGCCACGAGCGUGAGGAGGUGCAGCCUGCUGCCGGCGAGAUGUCGAUAUGGCCGUUCCGGCGGAUUCUCAAGAACACGACUGUUAUUGGGGCGGGCGGGUACAAUGCCGAGUCUGCAGCGAGGGCGAUUGAGGAAGGCCGGAUCGACCUCGUAGCAUUCGGACGAUACUUUACCUCGAACCCGGACCUGCCGGAGCGGCUGUUCAAGGGCCUACCCCUGACAAAGUAUCACCGGCCGACGUUCUACACGCCAGGCGAGGAGGGGUACCUGGGGUGGUCGCGGUGGAGCGAGACGGAGGCAUGA